AGCUAAAUCGCUUUACGGACGGAACAGUUCUGUCACAUAACUAUGUCGGCUGUCCUUGUAAAGAUGUGGAGAGCAUAUGCCACCUACUGAAGUCUGCAGCAGCUAACUGACACAAAAGCAGUCGAGACGUGACAUGGCGUCCCGCUUCCUCAAGUACACGGUGCUUCUCCAGAAGUACAGGACUCCACUGCUUAUUGCGAGCUGUGGUGGGGUGUUUGCCGCCAAAAUAUUCUACCAUGUGUUCCCUGACCACACCUACCGUCAGCUCUAUCAGGCCUGGUCCAAAGGAGAACCAGCCACACUGUCUGAAAAGCUCGAGGACGUUUUCCAGCAGGUGUUGAAGGACUACGGUAUCACAUCAACCAAGAACUUCUCUGCCUUCGCCUCCUUCGGCUUCCAUCCGGUUGGUGCUGGUGUCCCUUGGCUUUUUGCAGGGGCUCAAAUCGGCAUCCCAGCAAACUUUAACAGCACUGGCGAUGACUCUAGUGGCAUCACCAAUCGCACAAUCUUUAUCAAUGGCAAAACGGUGGACUGGAGCAGCGAAACUGGCGCCGCUCUACAAGAGGCACUGGUCUUUUCCCCUGAGGCACAGAAGUUCGCCUUAGCACGAGAAGUGGCCCGCCUGCAGUCCGGAGGACCCGUUGUGAGUGCUGCUGUUGCCCCGCUCUGCCUGGGUGGGGUUUGGGUUUACAGCGUGCUCAUGAAGCAGGUGUUUGGGCUCCACACCGGGCCUGUGCUACUCCGCGGGGGCGUGAACAUUCUGGCACUGGGGCUCGGUGCCGUGUCCUACUUCCUCACCUCGGAUGCUGUUGGCCAGUGGAUUGACUAUAGCUCUGACCGGCAGGCUGCAGGAAUUUCUCGUGAUUACGCCAAAGGAGGGGUAGAGUUUUACGAUAAGAUUCUUGCCAGAAACAAAACACUGCGCUCCCUGAUGGGGAGAAAGGGAGAGGAGAUGUACGCCCCGAGUGGGAACUUGUUUCCUGCUCACCUGCUUCAGCUGAAACACACACCGUACACAUCCAGAAGGGACGGGAUCCUCACUCUGCUGAGAGAGGAAAAAUCUUGAGAGACUGUGGGGCGGCAGGGGGGAUGUAAGCUGAACCUGUCGAUCUAUACGUUGUGCUAAUCAUGAAUAGACUGUUGAAUAAAAGCAGGAUAAGAUGGUUCCUGAGUUUGUUUUUGAAGCAAAAAAACCCAAGCCAAAAUCAUUAAUAACAUUUUUUUUCCAAAGAAGUAUGUCAUCCCACGAAAGAUGAAUGUUAUUUUGUUUAACGUCUUGUGAAUUCUGAAGUGCGGAACAACACAAAUGACAGGACAGCCUUGUAAAGUGCUUUGGUGUCCAGUAUUUAAUGGACAGUUUGACUGGUGGGUUAUUUAUCCAACAGAAGACAAGAUUCCAGUGGUUACCCAAUGUUCAAAUAGAUAUUUUUGAAGCCUGUUCAGAGCAUAAAAUAAAAUAAAUGUUGCUGAGUAG